GCGUUUUUUGCUGCUUAUUUUUGGAGAGAUGACUUAAAGCAGCGUAGUUGAUUGCACAGUUGGUGGCUAAGAGCGCCCACAAGCGAAAAAAGAAUACAUAUAAGAAAGUUUCAUCCAUUGUGAGGAAAAAGGAAUGCAAUAUUUGUGCGAAUGCGGUGAAUGCGUAGUACACGUGGGUCGUUUUAUGUCGGUUCGGAUGCAGUUAUUUUUUAAUGGGCUCAAUGAGUCGUGACUUACAUUUGCUGAACAGUAUUAGCAAUUAGAUUUAAAAUUUGUAGUUUUUUAUCUGAAUGCUGAAGCCUGAACCGAGUCAGCCCUCAGAGUGCUGCCAGUCGGUGCUGAGGACGGAUCGGACCGCUGCCUUCUGAGCCGCGCCCUCUGCGCCCCGUCAUGUCGCAGCUGGAGCUGCUGCUCACGGCCGAUGCCGAGUCGCCGGCGCACAACACGGUCGCCUGGGACCCGGCCACCGGCACCCAAGUGGCGGCGUUCCGCGGCGGCCACGCCGCUGCCGGCACCCUCUGUUCGCUGGCGGGCCACUCGCUGGCAGCCGCCGAGCGCGGCCGGCCCGGCGUCCAGCUGUGGCGGCUGGCGCGCCGCGACGCCGUCCACCAGCGGCUCAGCACACCCGGCCCCGUGACCGCCCUGGCCGCCGACCCGGCCGCCACGUGGCUGGCGCUGGCCGUGGCCGAGCGCGUGUUCGUGUACGAGCUGUCGAGCGGCCGGCUGCUGGCGGUGCUGAGCCGCCACUACCAGACGGUCACCGCGCUCCGGUUCACUGACGACGGCUCGCACUUUGUGUCGGCGGCCGACGACGGUCUGGCGGCCGUGUGGCCGGUGGCCGGCUGCGCGGACCCGGAGUCGGCGCGCCAUGGCCAGCCGCUGCACGUCUGGGCCCACCACUCGCUGCCCAUUACCGGCCUGCACGUGGGCGGCGGCGGACCGCGCGCGCGCGUGCUCACCUGCUCUCGGGACCAGACGUGCAAGGUGUACCAGCUGUCGAGCGGCGAGCUGCUGCUCUCCGUAUCGUUCGAUGUCGGCCUGACUUCGGUGGCGCUCGGACCGGCCGAGACACGUGUGUUCUGUGGCACCGCCGGCGGCGCCGUGCUCUCGUUCUCGCUGACCGAGCCGCCGCGCUCGCUGGAGCAGCACGUGCCGACAGCAGCGGCGGCGGCACUGACGGGCCACACGGGCCGCGUCACGUGCCUGGCCGUGACGCGUGACGGCCGCACGCUCGUGUCGGGCUCGGACGACCAGACUGUGCGGCUGUGGCACGUGGCCAGCGGCCAGUGUGUGCGCACGCUGCCGCAGCGCGGCGCCGUCACCAACGUGGCGCUGGUCGGGUGGCCGGCCGCGCUGCGAGACGCCGGCGCCGCGCCGCCGCCGCUGCACGUGGGCCAGCUGCAGCGCGCCCAGCCGGACUCGGGGCCGCUGGAGCUGGAGCUGGUGCUGCGCGACCGUCCGGCACUGCUGGAGUCGCCCGCCGACGGUGAGGAUGACGGCGGCCGAGCUGACCGGGACGACACCAUCGAACAGCUGCGCAGACAGAUCGCCGCCUGCGAGGACGUCAACGCGAGCAUGUACCAGUUCAUGGUGGACAAGGUGAUGAAGGUGUAGCCGUCCCGAACGCUAGACGAUACAGCGUGCAGUGUUUGUGGGACGGGUUUUUGAUCGGUGCGGCGCCAAAGUCCAGUGACUCUGUCACUCCAACGAUGCUGCUGGAGGCAUGUUGUGCUGUCCAUCAUUCCGGUGUUCCUGAGCGUGUUCCAGCGAAGGCUGCUGGCUGGAGGAACCAGACUUUUGGAGGUGUUCUUUCCAUGUUUCUUGGAAGCAUCCAUGAUUGAUGACGUUCGAAGCCAGCAUCCAAGGAGGUUGAAUAACUCAACUGUGCGGUGCGAUACAUCACGCGCUUCUUGCAAAAGAGACGUGACUGCAAAUGUUGUCCAUCCCAAGGAGCUUAUCGCCCGGGGAGUGUACGUCUUCUACGUGUAUAAAAUCUUAUGACGUGUAUGCGCUGACUCGCUUUGACGUUAAAUAAAUGUCAGGUCCUUUUCGACCACACUCAACAGAA